CGUUAAAAUAAGCUAAGAAAUAUGAAGGCAUAGAUAAGAGGGAUCUAUCGGUUACAUCCUAAAGAAAACAAAAAAGGAAAAAUCCAUUUCUUUCUAGAUAAAGAACAUUUUGUAGUAUAGAUCUGGUGCUAUGGAUAGAAGUUUUAAGAUUUAGGCCUGGGAAGAUUUGUCAGGCACUUAUCUGAACUCUAUUAUUGUGGGAAAAUUCAUACUCAGGUAUGUACGCUAUUUUGUAGGUUUUCAUUGUUUAGGGUUUUUUCCCAAACAUUACACAGACUUUCUUAUUCGCGUCUCCAUGUGAGACCUACUCUUAAAUAAACUUCUUUCUAUAUUCGCCUCUCCAUGUGAGUCCUACUCUUUCCCCAAGAUAAAAUAGAAAUCUAUUUUGUUAAAGAAUUCUUUAAAUCCAGUAGUUUUCAGAGAAUACCAAUGCUGAUAAACGUAGGUGGAUUGUGGGAUACACCCAUUCCUGUAGCUGAUGAAAUGCCAUGUCUCCCAUCACUCUACACUGAUAUUAUUAGCACUGAAGCCUUUCCAAGCUACAAUAUAGAAGCUUACCAAUCCCUUGAAGAUUGUACAUAUCUUAAGAGCUUUUCUGCAGGGCAAAAUCUGGAGUCAAAUCUUGAAUAUGGUGUAAGGGCCAUUGAUUUUAUUGAGGAUCAACCAAAAGACUCCUCUGUUGAAACUAUGGAUAGCCAGUAUGCCUUAACUCAUGGGGUUUUCAAUGAGUCCAAAAGAAAAAAGAGGGCUGUGGGUAUUGAGAUGUCUGAGAAUAUAUUAUGUGCACACACCUCUAAAGCAUUGAGAGUUCGCUCAUCUGCAGCUAAAGAUAGGCAUUGUAAAGUCAGCACUGUAAAAGGACUUCGGGACACAAGGGUGAGGUUGUCUCAUUCUAUAGCUGUUAAAUUUUUUGAUUUACAGGACAGAUUAGGGUAUGCUCAUCCCAGCAAAGCCCUAGACUGGCUUAUAAGUAAAGCACAAGCUGCUAUCGAUGAACUGCCACAACCAUCCUAUGUAUCCCAGUCAAACUGCACAGUGUGUAACUCUCUCUCAAGGUCCGGUAGUACUUCAUUACCUACAGAUCAAGUCAUUUCAACCCAUAAUGAUGGAUGCUCAACAAACAGUUCAGUGGAUACAAACAGAUCUGGAGAAGAGGGAAAUGGAACAAAUUUGAGCACUUGGGACCUUAUGAAUUUGGGGCUUCCUAGAUUUGGUUCAGAUCCCAAAGAUGUUAUUGUCUCUCUUUCAUCAACACCACCUGCAACAGGAAUGCCAGUACCUCAAGCCUCACAUAAUGGCCAGACAUGAUGCUUCCAACAAGAAUGAUUCUUCAGUGGCUUUGGCUUGUACUACACAGAGAUUGAAGGCUAAAAGAAUACCCGGUAUGGAUUUUUAAAUUUUCCAGCAAUAUAUGACAACGUAUAGCGAAAUAGGGUUUUUUAAACUGGAAUAUAAAUCUCCAGCUCGCUUGGGAUAAAAACAAGUAAACUGGGAAAGGUUUCACCAAAAUAUAUUUAGUGCCCUUCUAUUUAGUGCUCUUCUAUUUAGUGUUUAUGUGUAUUUUAUAUCUAAUUAUAAACAGACAAGGGUCCAUCUUCAAAAGUUAGCAGAAGAUAUUUUUGUGUAUUCUUUACUAAAUAUAUAUCAAA